CCCCUCACGCCGGCUAAAAGCUAACCACGGUCACCAACCGAUUUCAUGAGUUAGCCGUCUUUCUGCGAGCGCUCGCUGCUCAGCCAAAUGUUUCGUCUUUUUCUAGCAGACGGUAACCAAGCUGCCCUCUGAGCUCGUUCCCUGCCUCACUCCUUCCUUCCCACUAAUCGCAACCAAAACUUCAAUCAAACGGAGAAUUAAACCCAAGGAACCCUAGCAUCCUCAUUCUCACUUACAAAACCUAAGGCUCAAUGGCCUCUAAGCUUGGGCUCGCCGGUGGGAUGCCGGAGCGAAGGGUACGGCCGAUAUGGGACGCAGUCGAUUCUCGUCAGUUUAAGACGGCUCUUAAGCUUUCAACUGCGCUUCUAGCGAAGUACCCAAAUUCUCCGUAUGCUCUUGCACUCAAGGCUCUCAUUUUGGAAAGGAUAGGGAGGCUUGAUGAAGCACUAAGUGUUUGUUUAGAGGCCAAAGAGCUCUUAUAUUUGAGUAAUUUGAAUAUGGUUCCAAUUGAUGAUCUCACCCUCAGCACUUUACAGAUUGUAUUUCAAAGGCUUGAUCGCUUGGACCUUGCCACUUCAUGCUAUGAACAUGCUUGUGGAAAGUUCCCAAGUAACUUAGAAUUAUUGAUGGGUCUUUUUAACUGUUAUGUGCGUGAGUAUUCGUUUGUGAAGCAACAGCAGACUGCCAUUAAGUUGUACAAGAUUGUUGCUGAAGAAAGGUUUUUGCUUUGGGCAAUUUGCAGCAUUCAAUUGCAGGUUCUUUGCAGUUCGGGAGGUGAGAAAUUAUUAUCUCUUGCUGAAGCUUUACUUAAGAAGCAUAUAGCUUCACAUAGUCUGCAUGAACCUGAAGCUGUUGUCAUGUACAUUUCCAUUCUGGAACAACAAGCCAAGUAUGACGAAGCUUUGGAAAUUAUUUCUGGAAAUCUAGGUUCCCUCAUAGGAAUUGAAGUUGACAAGUUACGUUUGCAGGGUAGGCUUCUUGCUCGUGCAUGCAACUAUGCUGCUGCCUCUGAGAUUUACCAAAAGAUCCUAGAAUCACGUCCCGAUGAUUGGGGUUCAUUCCUCAAUUACUUGGGCUGUUUGUUAGGGACUGAUUUCAGUUGGUCAACAAGCACAUCUAGCCAACUAUGUUCAUCAGAUAAUGUUGAUUUUCAAGGCUUCGAAUCAACCAAUCUUUCCCUGGAAGUGUUUGAUUCACGCAUACAAAAUGCAUUGUCUUUUGUGCAAAAGAUGCAAAUGGAAGUUCAUGAUGGUCUUGCUAGAUGCCCUUACUUGGCAUCCAUUGAAAUAGGAAGGCAAUGCUGCCUUAGGGGAAAAGCAGAUGCCAUGCUGUUGGAAGCUUUGUUAAAUUACUUCCGCAGGUUUGGUCACUUGGCUUGUUUUGCUUCUGACCUGGACUCUCUUUCUUUAACAUUGACCCACAAUGAGAAAACAGAGUUGUUGGGGAGAUUCGUUGAAAUUUCUGAAUCUUCCGCCCAUGCACCAUUAAAAAGGAUGGGCCAGGCUAUUACAAUUUUUAAACUUAAAGAGCUUUUUGGUUUCAUGACAAUGGUCCCUGUUGAAGAACUGGAGGAAACAUCUAUAAAGAUGGUGGAUAUGUAUUGUAAAAACCUUGCACUUUCAAGCGAUCUGGAUCCUCAGGAGAAUAUGCAUGGUGAAGAGCUGUUACAUAUGGCUAGCAGCGCCCUUGUCAUGCUUUAUUGGCGUACAAGGUACUUUGGGUACUUACUGGAGGCAAUUUUAGUUUUGGAGUUUGGUUUGAACAUUAGAAAAUAUGUUUGGCAAUAUAAAUUUUCUUUGGUGCAUCUAUAUUCGUACGUUAAUGCACUUCCAUUGGCAUAUGAAUGGUACGGUACACUGGAUAUAAAGAACAUCUUAUUUGAAACUGUAUCCCACCAUAUUGUACCGCAGUUGUUGGUGUCACCCCUUUGUUCAGAAACCUCUGCUCUUCUAAAAGAUUAUCUCAAGUUUAUGGAUGAUUAUUUAAGAGAAGCUGCUGAUCUAACUUUUUUGGCUUAUCGCCAUCGUAAUUACUCCAAAAGCCUCUCCCUGCAGCCUCCAGUCCUUGCCGGCCCUCCACUGGCUCCUCUCCUUGCAGCUGUCUAUCUGCAAGCUACUCUAAGAUCAGUCGCAGGAUUUUCUGGCGGUCCUUCCUACAAGCUUUCAAGACGAAGUGUAUCUUCAACCUACAUGGCCGUCUCCAAGUUCCAGCCAGGUUUCCUGCAGGCUGCUCGCUGCAGAGAUCUUCUCUCGCAAGAGUCUUCUCCCGCAAAUUCAAGUGUUUCUAAUCACAUGAAUGGAGAUGUUCGUGCUGCCACAAACUAUCAAGAGUUCACCGACUCCAAAUUUGUUAGACUUGCCAAUGGAUUUCACUUCAGGAUUUUUGCAAAAGGAGAAGCGAAUGGUUUCAAAUAUAUUCAGCUCUCUUUUAUGCUAUAUGUUCCUCAAGUGUUGGAUUUGAAGAAAGUGAUUCACUACUCUGAAUUGCAUCAAGGUCUAUACGAUUAUAUUGCUGAUGAGAAAUUAUCAACUUAUAAAGCUUUUGUAUCUAAUAUGUAUAGUUUGCAUAUACUCAAGUCAAUUCAUGAAGAGUUCAUAAUGGAAAAAAGCAGCAUAUAUGACAAUAUUGGUGUUCCUUUUUGUCCGCAUGAUUCAACUUGUGAAGUAGAUACGGAGAUCAACAUAAUGUUAGGGAUGUAUAAUAGGCCUACCCUUGAAGAAGCUGAGUGCAUUCUUGAAAAAUUGGACUUUGGAAUGCAAUUGUUAGAGCUGUCAAGUGAUAAGAGACUAAAUUCCUUGACAUUUAAUGAAGAUCUUCAGCUUCGACCUUGGUGGUCUCCUAGUUCUCAUGUAAAUUAUCUUUCAGAACCUUUUGAAGGAGCAUCAGUAUGCUCUCGAGAGAACUUGUUUAAGCAUCAAGCUUGUGAGAACGACGGCUUAGUGAGGAAGGUCAUUGCACGUAAAUCUCUUGUUCCUCGUUUGAUCUACCUUUCAAUUCACUCAACUUCCACUUCACUGAAGGAAACUUUUGAAUCUAACGCUCCUGGAGAAGAUGCUAAGAGCAAUGAAGAGUUCAAGUUUUUACUGGAAAAAUAUGCAUCGAGUGUCGGUCUGUCAUUUGAUGAUGCUGUAAAGCUGAUCUAUGAGAUUUCAAAUGGUCAAAGGUCUUUGAAGGAUGUUGAUACAGAGUUGAUGGUUGAUUUUAUGAACUUCGCAGUUUUUCUAAAUGCAUGGAACUUAAGCCAUAAUCAUCCAUUGCUCCUCCAUCAAAACGGCGUAAAUCUAAUAUCAUGGAAUGUGGUGGAAUGCUUGAUUAAGUACUGUAUUUCAGAGCUGUUGAUGUGUGCACACCCAGUUUUGGAUAAUCCUGGAAGUAGCCUUCCAGUUUUGGUCCAGUUGAUAACCGAACCAUUUAGUUGGCAUGCUUUGGUCAUCCAAUCCUGCUUGAGAUCAAUGCUUCCUUCAGGUAAGAAGAAAAAGAAAAGUGGUCCUUGCGAUCAUCAUAACUUGCGCCAUCUAGCAGUAGUAAGCAAAUCCAUAGAUUGCUUAGCUAGUGGGAUACAAGAAGUUCAUAAAUGGCUGGAGGAUCAAAUGAAUUGUUCAGAAGAUUCAAGAUUGGACAUUUUGUCAUGUCAAGUGAAAGAAAUGCAGAAGGAUAGAGGACCGGGAUCAACUCUUCACAUUCUUGAGGAGUUUGCAUCUUCUAGCCAUGCAGAAUUGGGAGAAAAUAUAUCUGGAUCUCUACAGUUGUGGAACUCUACUGAUGUAUUAAGAAAACUGUUGAGUUCUCAGUCUUCAUUACUUCUCAAGUUUCAAGAUAUAUGUGCUGUCAAAUUGAAGAUGUUGGAGUUGAUGAAACUGUCGUUUUAGGAUUAACGAAGUCCUUUUUCUAUGGUCGCUGAAGUGGCUGCAGUUUCUCUUGGUUUUCUGUAUUUUGUUUUAGAACAGAAUGUGUGAUUAUUUGAUGUUUUAUUAUUAUUAUUAUUUUUUUUUUGUUACAUUCUACCGCAGAGGUUAUCUUCAUUGUUGCGGCAUGGAAACUAGAUGGAAAUAUUUUUUUUCAUUUCCUGCAUACUUUUUAUUGUCAGCAGUUCAAUUUACUUGUAUCUUUGU